CAAAGCAUCUUUCUUGACCUUCAACAGCAAAUAUGGCUCCACGGCGAUGAAACAGCCGCAGUAACCUGCCCACGCUGACCCGCGCCGUCAAUCGACUCUCUCUUUCUUCUCUUCUCUCCCUUCCCACUCCAAUCCCAGUUCAUGACCGACUAAUUUCAGUUCCCUGUGGCGUCAAGCUACUGAAGGUUGCUGUUUUUAUCAUCAUGAUGCGCACAAGUUCUGCUCUUUUUCUUCGAUCAUUCAGGUUCCCCUUCUCCCUAUCUGCUGAUCGAUGGAAGUUCUAUUGGUCAUCAGGAGUUGAUCUAUUGUUAUCGAGGAUGGCACAACCUUCUGUGAUACUUGCGACUGGUAGCUAUGAUCACACAAUCAGGUUCUGGGAGGCAAAGAGCGGUCGAUGUUACCGUACAAUUCAGGCCCAAGAAUCGCAAGUUAAUAGACUUGAGAUAACCCCAGAUAAGCGCUAUCUAGCUGCAGCUGGGAAUCCUCAGAUUCGGCUAUAUGAUGUCAAUUCUAACAACCCUCAACCGGUGAUGAGUUAUGAUUCGCAUACAAAUAAUGUUAUGGCAUUGGGGUUUCAGUGUGAUGGAAACUGGAUGUAUUCAGGAUCAGAGGAUGGCACAGUAAAGAUAUGGGACUUGAGGGCUCCAGGUUGUCAGAGGGAAUAUGAGAGUCGUGCAGCUGUGAACACGGUUGUGUUACAUCCGAAUCAGACGGAACUGAUAUCCGGGGACCAAAAUGGGAACAUACGUGUUUGGGAUCUGACAGCUAACUCAUGCAGUUGCGAAUUGGUUCCAGAGGUGGAUACAGCUGUAAGGUCACUAACAGUUAUGUGGGAUGGAAGCUUGGUAGUUGCUGCAAACAAUCAUGGAACCUGUUAUGUUUGGCGAUUGUUGCGAGGAACCCAAACAAUGACCAAUUUCGAACCACUCCAUAAGCUGCAAGCACAUAAUGGAUACAUCCUCAAAUGUCUCUUGUCACCCGAAUUCUGUGAACCUCACCGGUAUCUGGCCACUGCGUCAUCAGAUCAUACUGUCAAGAUAUGGAAUGUCGAUGGUUUCACCCUAGAAAAGACUUUAACAGGUCAUCAACGCUGGGUAUGGGACUGUGUUUUCUCUGUGGAUGGUGCUUACCUCAUAACAGCAUCUUCUGAUUCAACGGCGAGACUGUGGUCAAUGUCAACUGGCGAAGACAUCAGAGUGUAUCAAGGCCAUCACAAAGCAACUGUCUGCUGUGCCCUUCAUGAUGGUGCAGAGCCAUCUGCAGCCUGAAUAAUCCAUAUCCUACGUCGUGUGGCCCUGCCUGAAUCCUUGCAGCUUGCUUCUGUUCCAUAUUGUGACCAACAUGUUCAUCUAUUACUACACUACAUGUUCAUCUAUUACUACACUGAUCAGGUUUUAUGAUGUGUACAUAGCUUUCUGUUCAUGAAACAUCCUUGUGUAGAAACAAACAAUCGCAGAGAAGCUUGCCUAACCAAUAAAACAGUAAACUUGAAACCCAGAAAGUCAAGAGUUUGGCAAUGGUUGGACUAGCGAUGCUGCAGACCCACAUGCUCAUUGCAUUUUAAAGUAAUUUCAAGUGCGUUACAUCUAA